AUGCCUUUGGACAGCAAAGACUUUCCCGAUCCCUCAAGUCUCCUGGAAAACACCGGAAACAGAUUCCUGAUAUUCUACUCAUCAAUCGUCGACGGACAACUUUGGUGCCCGGAUUGCCGUGUGGUGGAUGAACUGAUCAAGGCAACCUUCUCGUCAGAGGAUGCCCCUCAUGGCAUUGUCAUCUACGUCGGAGAUAGAGCAACCUGGAAGGAUUCGGGCAACAAAUAUCGCGGUGCUCCAUUCAAUGUCACCUCUAUCCCCACCAUCAUUAAAGUGGUCGAUUCGAAGGAGGUAGCUCGAUUGGUGGACCCAGACAUUACGGCAGAGAGCCUACCUGCCUUUGUUCAGCAAGAGGAUUAG